AUGCGCAGCAGGACGGGAAUCGUAAGCGUGCAGACGUCGCCGAUGAUCUUGCCGGGGAACUGCCACAACACUGUGCCGGGGAGCGCGGCGAAGAGAUCCCACGCGACCGAGAGGCGGCGCGGCGGCUCGAGGGCUGCUGCGAGUGCCGCGUCCCCGCUGCUGCUGUCAUUGUUGUUGUUGUUGUCGGCAUCGGCGAGCAGUACGAGACUCUCGGGCGGCUCUAGCGUCGAGUUGUCGGUGGGCUCCGGUGCGAAGAGCAACUCGCCGUGCACUGUUCCACGGAAGAACGGCGAGUGA